GACAACAUCCCGCCCCUUCGCAAGGUCGUUCCGUAUGAUUCGGAGCACCAGAUCAGAAGGAUGGGUGGUCUCGGUGCCUCCGGGGUUUGAAGCGGAAUUUGGAGUGCAGGCUAGUGCUAGGGAGGUGAACUUGGCUGAGGCUGAGGCUGAGGCUUCUUCUUCUGCGAACCCUUUUGGCGGUCAGCAGAAGAUUGACUGGAAGGGUAAGGGAAAGGAGAUCUAGCCGGACCUGCCUCGCUCGUCGUUGUCGUCGUCGUCGUCGUGUGCCCCCCCAUGGCGUCCGGCUCUGACCAAAAGAAGGCGUUUGUUUGGUACUUUUCUUUGCUGGAGCAAGACGAGCUGCUGGCAGCACGGCUGGAAACAUCACAAUAGGCCUGCCGAUCGA